UCAUGGAUCUCCUGGAGCAUGGUCGAAAAAGUGUAAUAAUUAUAUUAUAUUCAGUUGUAGUUGCAUCUAGUCAUGACUAUUUAGAAGUUAAACGUGAUCCGACGAAAAGGCAUGAGGAAAAGUGUGUUGAGUUCGGCAGAAGUCCGUUUUUUGAAUUAGAUAUGGUGGUGGGGAUCCCGUGGAGGACCUACUAUACGUGGAACAUGGAUUUGGGGCCGCGGUGUGUAGACAUGAAAUUCAAGAUGGCAGCUCCAAUGGUAAUACGUCGUAUCUACCACGACAUGAAGGAUUACUUAGAGGAGCAGCCAGUGUGGGGAGCGGCUAUCCUCCUGAUGACCAUGGGCCGAUCCCGACACGAGAUGCUGCUGUUUGAUGACCAAGGUCCGGCCGGGCGUUUCUAUGCUGUAGCUAAUGUUAUAAAAGAUGGAAACAUAACACCACAAAGGAAUGCGGUUCCCCUUCUUAAGUUCUAUUUGAAACUGGUCAACAAAGGCAGAUAUCUUGUUAUGAUGGACUGUCAGAUCGGAGUAAUUUCACUCUCAGCGAGGUUAGGUGAUGAACCAACACGAGAGCAAAUUGCUGCUGUUGUCAGUAAAUUAGAACUUGGAUCUGGACGGAUUGCUUGCUUGCCAGUAGAGAAUAAAAAAAGGGAUAUGUUUUAUUAAAUGUUGAUUAUAAUUUUCUUUUCUUUAUUUCUUUUUGUAUUACUGCUGUACUACAAAGCUUUUG